AUGGAUUCGGAUACUGAGUCAGUGAAACGAAGAAAGUCCUCCGGGUCCGAAAGCGAGUCGAGCGUGCGAGAUCCGAAACGAACCAAGAUUGAAGAUGAGGAUUUCCAGGAGAACGGCAUAGACGAUGAGGAUGAGGAGGAGGAAGAGGAGGAAGCUAAGGACGAAGGGGAUGAAGACGACGAAGAAAAAGGAGAGGACGACGAGGAGGACGAUGAAGAAAAAGAAGGCGAGGAUGGAGAAGGAGAGGAAGAAGACGAAGAGGAGGAUGAGGAGAAGAAGCGAGAGGAGGAGGAGAAGUACGUUACCAGCUUCAACUUUGAUGGUGUGGAAUACAAGUACAAAGAGCGACCAGCAGUGAUUGAGGAGCGUGAAGGAAAGAUUGAAUUUCGUGUUGUCAACAACGAUAACUCCAAGGAAAACCUCAUGAUCCUGACAGGUCUCAAGAACAUUUUCCAGAAACAGCUGCCCAAAAUGCCUCGAGAGUACAUUGCCCGACUAGUGUACGACAGAAGUCAUGUGUCAAUGGCAGUUGUUAGAAAGCCUCUCACGGUGGUCGGAGGAAUUACAUUUCGGCCGUUCGAUACCCGGAAGUUUGCUGAAAUCGUCUUCUGUGCCAUCAGUAGUACAGAGCAGGUCCGAGGAUACGGAGCGCACUUGAUGAACCAUUUGAAGGACUACGUUAAGGCUACAUCGCCUGUGAUGUACUUUCUGACAUACGCCGAUAACUAUGCCAUUGGAUACUUCAAGAAGCAGGGUUUCUCCAAGGAGAUCUCCCUCGACAGAUCGGUGUGGAUGGGAUACAUCAAGGAUUACGAGGGAGGUACUCUCAUGCAGUGCUCCAUGCUGCCACGAAUCAGAUACCUUGACGUCAACAAGAUUCUUCUGCUACAGAAGGCACUGAUUCACAAGAAGAUCCGGGCCAUCUCCAAGAGUCAUGUUGUGCGAAAAGGCCUCGACCACUUUCGUGAUUCGACCACGCCAGUGGACCCCAUGACGAUCCCGGGCUUGAAGGAGGCUGGAUGGACACCUGAGAUGGACGAGUUGGCUAGACGACCAAAGCGAGGUCCUCAUUUUGCAGUCAUGCAGCACGUGCUGUCAGAGUUGCAGAACCACGCUUCUGCUUGGCCGUUUGCCCAGGCUGUUAACCGAGACGAGGUGCCCGACUACUAUGAGGUCAUUAAGGAGCCCAUGGAUCUCUCAACGAUGGAGCAACGUCUCGAAGCUGACUCUUACAAGACCAUGGAGGAGUUUGUGUAUGACGCUCGGUUGGUGUUCAAUAACUGUCGUGCUUACAACAACGAGACGACGACUUACUAUAAGAAUGCCAACAAGCUAGAGAAGUUCAUGGUGGCCAAAAUCAAAGAGAUCCCUGAGUACUCUCAUUUGGUGGAGUAA